AUGUUUCAGUCUCGUGGUCACAGGAUCACCUUAGUACCACCCGUCUAUUUGAAUGUAGUUGAAUUAAAUAGAGUUUCGCGAUUUAAGUAUCUGGGCCACUGGGUUUCGGAGAACCUCAUGGAUAAGAGGACGUUGAGAGAGAGCGCAGGCAAGACAAUUAACGCCCUGCGCAUUCAGUACAACAACGCAUUUAGAGUGUUGCUGGGGUUGCCGCGGUACUGCAGCGCAUCAGGCAUGUUCGAAGCAGUUCACACGGAUGGCUUUCAUGCUGUUCUUACAAAAGAGAGCUGCCUCGUUGCUAAGCUGUAUGCGUGGCAGCUCAAAUGA